CUCUUAUUCAAUAAGCCACCUUGUCCGUUGGUUGGGCUUCACACAAAUUUGUGUGGUAGCGUGUCAAAAAUUAAGCAGUGUACAGGGCCACACCAACACGCGCGCUGAACCCAACUCCCAGCCAGCAGGUGGAUAUGGCAGCGUCUGCCACAGCAAGCGGAGCUGCCAAGCUAUGCUACUCAGUUUCCCAACACGGCCAUUCAAUUUCAAAGCCUGCGUCAAAGAAAGCAAUGGGUACUGUAAAGUUCGUCAUCCAUAACCCAAUCCACUUUUCAAGGACAAGGGCCAAGAGGUCUUUUCCCCUCCGAGCUCUCGAUCCCAAAAGUGAAGAGGAAGAGGAAAAAGAGAAUAACAGUAACAGAACCGGAGCUUUCACCUUCGAGCAGGUCACUCUUUUUUUCUGGGAAGAUUUGGAAUAUUUGUGGAAAUUGCUGGCUGGUUCAGUUGUGGGUGCAGCUGUAAUUAAGUAUGGAAGCAUAGUUUUUCCUGGGAUAACCAGACCCAACAUUGUUCAGGCUUUGAUUAUGAUAUCAACUCCUGUCAUUGUAGCUGUUUUCCUUUUGUUCAAGAGAAGUCAAGCAGAGACACGAAGCUAGGAACCUGAUGAACUUUGCUUAUGUCCAUUGUCUCAAGAAAAUGUCCCUGCAGCUACUGGAAUCAAAUUUGGCAGUGCAAGUUGCCAGAGACUGUAGCUAAGAUGAGAACUACACAAGAGGUGAUUGCCUUCAGAAAUCAUGUGAUCAUAGUAUUGUCUUGAUGUCUGCCACAUUCAAAUCCUUCCCACGGGUUGUACUGGUUAUCAUGUUGGUAAUUGCCAAACAUAAUUCCUCCUGAUAUUGCCACAAACUUCAAAAACAAUCAAAGCAUUAAUGAGCUCGAAAGGGUUCAUUUGAUAAAAAAAAAACUAGAUGGUGUUUUUUGUUUUUUGUUGAAGAAGUAUUUUGAUGCAACGUAAAGGUGAAAGUAGUCUGGAGUAUUUUGUGUUU